CCUACAUGCUGGUCCAUGUUCGACCAAACCACGACAUAAAGCCUCGCCCUGUACACCCCGAGUUUCCUCAGCGCAACAUUGCCUACAGCCAUCUCCGAUCCGCUUAAGCUGCGAGUUGUCAGUAUAGCAGAUCCCACCGCAGCCUGCACCGCCCCGAACAAGCAGGCAGCGUCUCUCCCAACUACCGCCCUUCCCUUCCGUCUCUCGACCUCUCCUCAACCCAUCUCACAAUGUCGAACCCAUCCCAACUUCUCUUACUAGCUGACCACAUCAAACUCUCCCUCCUCGAACGCCAGCGCGCUAUCUCUCUUAAUCUCGACCCCAAUCCAUCCCAAGACUCGAACAUCACCCGCUCUUUAGAGUCCUUCCGCAAAGGCAUCGAGACCGUCUCCUCAAAACCUGACGCCGACUCCACGACCGUAGAUCAACUCCGAUCACAAUAUGCCGAUCUCUCACGCCAGUUCCACGGCGAAUCCUCCAACACCAGCACAACUAAGACCCUGUCUUCGCCGAACGACCCGGCGCUGAAAGAGGACUUUGCACGCGCUCAGACUCGCAAGUCGCCUUCCCAACAAAGAUCCUCAAAUCUACGAAAACAAGACUCCGCGUCAGCCGCAGCCGCAAAGAACGUGCGCUUCCGAGACAACCCGUCGCAAGAAUCACUCGAUGCCGAAGACGAGACGAACCGCGCGGCGCUAUUCCCCUCACGAUACACGGACGAGGACUCAGAUCGUGCCAAAACCCCCGAUCCCGCCCAGAAUAUGUCCAAUGUGCAAAUCCACGCAUACCACCAGCAAGUCAUUUCCGAGCAGGACGACCAGCUGGACCGGUUGGGCGAGUCAAUUGGCCGGCAGCGCCACCUGGCCAUGCAGGUCGGCGACGAGCUCGAAGGUCAAAUCGCUCUCCUAGACGAGGUCGAUCGGGGCGUCGAUAGACACCAGGGUCGACUUGACGGUGCGAAAAGGCGGUUAAAGGGCGUAAGUGAGACGGCAAAGAAGAACUGGGGAAUGACAACGAUCAUUAUCUUAAUUGUCAUUCUCGUGCUGCUGAUUGCGCUGUUGAAGUGAAUUGAAUUUGCGGCAUCAGGGUAAAGCAGCAUACCUAUGUAUGAGGUGUUUGGCGUCAGUGAAAGGAUGGGGUUUGGGAAGACUUGCAGCGUUAUACAACUGGCAUGUUUAUAUAAGCCUGCCGGAGGGAGCAGGCUUUAUAAUUGCAUCCAUAUAUCUAAUUACGAGGACAUACGAAUCAUAUAAAGUCUUGCACCGAUAUACACCGACGUGG